CGCAAUAUGUGUCAUUAUAUCCUACUAAUACAUCUUUUCGUUACAACGAUUCCGUUUAUUUGAGUCGAAGAGUUUUUCGCGAUGGUGUUUUUCCGAAGGGCCACGUCCGUGUAUUCAGUCGAAAAAGGGUCGAACGAGGAAGCAUCGUGGAAAUUUUGGAAAACCAAACGAUACGUGGUGGCUUUGUUAGCAUUUUUCGGAUUCUUCAACGUCUACGCUCUUAGAGCUAACCUAAGCAUAGCCAUUGUCGACAUGACCCAACUCAAAAACGUUACUUUGGAAAACGGCACGAUCAUUCAAAAAAGCGAAUUCGACUGGGACUCCACGCUCCAGGGAUACAUACUAAGCUCCUUUUUCUACGGCUACCUGACCACCCAAUUCGCUGGGGGCUAUUUAGCAGCGAAAUUCGGCGGGAAGAACAUCUUCGCUUUGGGUAUAGCAGUGACCGCCUUGAUGACCAUCUUCACGCCGCUGCUGGUCAAAGCCAACGUCUACCUCCUGGUCGGUGUGAGGGUUGUUGAGGGAGUGUUCGAGGGCGUCACUGUACCUGCCAUACAAGCCGUUUGGGCCGCUUGGGCUCCACCAUUGGAGAGGAGUCGCUUGGUGACUGCUUCGUAUUCCGGGAGUUUCGUUGGGACUGUUGUGGCGAUGCCGGUGUGUUCGUUAUUGGCUUCUUCUUUGGGUUGGGAGAGUAUAUUCUACUCUUUCGGUGUAAUUGGACUUGUUUGGUGUGUACUUUGGGUGACACUGGUGUCCGAUUCUCCUUUAACAGAUUCAUCUAUCAGUCUUAAAGAAAGGCAAUACAUAACAACAUCGAUAGAGGAAAGUAAAGGAGAUACGUUAGAUAUGAAUAAGAUACCGUGGUUGUCUUUUCUUAAAUCAAGACCAUUAUGGGCCAUUGCAGUAGCUUUCGUUAGCGAAACUUGGGGAUUUUAUACACUCCUAACGUAUUUACCGAAAAUUAUGAAAGAAGUCUUGCACUUUGAUUUGAAGUCGGCAGGGUUCAUGUCGGCCUUACCUUACUUAGCAAUGGCUAUAAUAAUGCAAUUAGCUGGUCAAUUAGCAGAUUUUCUAUUGGUCAAGAAAGUUCUCUCGAUCACCCAUGUGAGAAAGCUAUUCACUUGCGUGGGUUUUUUGUCGCAAACGGUUUUUAUUUUGUGCGCCGGGUACUGGUUGACACCUGUCGGUACAACUUUUUGUCUGGUGAUGGCAGUUGGAUUGGGCGGUUUCGCAUUGGCUGGAUUUGGAGUUAAUGGAUUAGAUAUUGCACCAAAAUACGCCAGUAUUUUAGUUGGUAUAAGCAAUACAUUCGGAACUGUGCCCGGUAUUGUCAGCCCUAUUCUUACUGGUUACUUAGUAACUCACACGGAUAAUAUCGAUGAAUGGCGGAUAAUUUUUUACAUUUCCUCGGCCAUAUAUUUGUUCGGGGCAAUAUUUUACGCAUUUAAUGCCUCUGGUGAGUUACAGCCGUGGGCUGUAAAUGAAAAUGCAAAUGUUAAACAACCAGUAGAAGAAAAACCAAAAAUAAAAGAUGGAGAAUUAAAUUGAAUGUAGUGUUAUAAUUGAACGCGACUCGAAAUUCUGUAAUUGUGUAAAACAUUGUUAAAUUAGGUACAAAUUUCGUAGGUAUUAUUAUUUUUUUAAAUUAUAAGUAGUAUUUUACUAGACGGUAAUUAUAUAAUAGUUAUAUAAACAUUAAAGAAUAUUCAGUCAUUUAAUACGUGUUAUAACCCGUUUAGAU